AUGGCCGAAGAACGCAAAGAUCACUGGCACUCUGGUGAAUACCAGCACUCGGCGGCGUUUGUGCCCAAGCUGGCGGGCAAGGUGACUGAGUGGCUUGAUCUGCAGAAGGACGACGUUGUCCUGGACAUUGGCUGCGGCGACGGCGUGUUGAACCUGGAAUUCGCCAAAGUGUUGUCGCAGGGUAAGGGCUCCAUCCACGGCAUCGACAGCUCCGCGGCCAUGAUUUCCGCGGCCAAGGAGUUGUGCAAGGAGUAUCCCAACGCGACCUUUGAAGUCCUCGACGCGACCGAGCUGCACCGCACCCCGGCGCUGCAGGCCGGCUCCUUCACCAAAAUCUUCUCCAACGCCGCGCUGCACUGGGUCCUGCGCGACCCCCCCGACCGCGCUCCCCUCCUGCGCGCCCUGCACGCCGCCCUCGCGCCCGGCGGCCGCCUCGCCUUUGAGAUGGGCGGCCUCGGCAACGUCAAGGAGAUGGCCGGCGCGCUGCUCCUCGCCUGCCGCCGGCGCGCCGCGACCCCGGUGGUCUACCCUUGGUUCUUCCCGGACGAGGCGUGGGCGGAGGCGGCGCUGGCGGAGGCCGGGUUCAGGGUGGAGAGGGUGGAGAGGGAGUGGCGGCCGACGAGGGCGGGCGACGGCGGCGUGGAGGGCUGGCUGCGGCUGUUUGGGAAGGGCAUGCUGGAGAGCGUGCCGGAGGGGGAGGAGCGCGAGGCGGCGGUGAGGGAGGCGGCGGAGGCGCUGCGGGUGGUUUGUGAUGAUGGGCGUGGGGGGGAGAUGAUUUCGUACGUGCGGCUGCGGGCGCUGGCGAUCAAGGAAUGA